ACAACAUUCGCACCUGUCUUCGGUUACUUCCGGAACUAGCGAGUACACGCUUCUACACUACAUCCGAUUCUUUCUUUUUCCGGUUUCACAACACAUCAAAAUGGAAGUAGACGAAGUUGCCUUGGCAGAAAAGAAGAAGAGGCGUACCUUCAGAAAGUAUGCCUACAGAGGUGUUGACUUGGACCAGCUGCUUGAUAUGUCAAAUGAGCAGCUGAUGGAAUUGUUCCCCUGCAGAAUUCGUAGAAGAUUGUCCAAAGGUUUGAAGAGAAAGCCAAUGGCACUGAUCAAAAGAUUAAGACAGGCAAAAAAAGAAGCUGGACCUCUGGAAAAACCAGAAGUUGUGAAGACUCAUUUACGUAACAUGAUCAUUGUCCCAGAGAUGAUUGGCAGUAUCAUUGGUGUAUACAAUGGUAAAACAUUCAACCAAGUGGAAAUCAAGCCUGAGAUGAUUGGACAUUACCUUGGAGAAUUCAGUAUCACAUACAAACCAGUAAAGCACGGUCGACCAGGUAUUGGUGCCACUCACUCUUCUAGAUUCAUUCCUCUGAAGUAGAAACUGGACUGUGUGAUGUGAAAUAAAAAAAAUACUAAAAAAAAAUAUGUUUAUAUUUAGCCUACAAAUCUUAAGGGAUGUGAAAUAGGCAAUGCAUAAAGUGUUUUGGACAUCUUGUUUGAAAUUGUCAGAUGUCUAAUUCAGAAUUGGGCCUCUAUAUCAGGGUGGUCUAACUACUGUAUCACUAGCCUGUCAACACUGAGGUUGUCAAGUUAAAAUCCUGCACAUUACUCUUGAAUCUUAAUUGAAUAGAUUUGCCACUUUUUCAACCAAAGGUUGUAGUUAUCUCCCGGCACUCCCUCUAAACAGGCCAAUAUAGGGAAGACCAAAUAAAAACUGUUACGAAAUAACACUAACAGUGUUUUUGUGUUAAACAAUCAAACUAUUUCAAAAAGUCAUUAGUUAAGUAAAUUUUAAACAGAGAAGAUACCAAACAAGAUAUGUUAGAAUAAGGAAAAAUCAUAAACAUAAAUAAGAGAGAAGUUAAUCGACACUGAGUAUGAUACACAAAAAAAGAAAUCAGCAUAAGGCAGCAGCUAUCACAAUAAUUCAGUUGGUUACUCUGGAGUGUCUAGUACUUUGAAAAGAUUAAAUUAGAUAAAUCAAGUCUAUAUAAAUUGCGAAUGAAACUAGACUGAUCCAAGUAAGCCAUGUAAAAUUGAGUUGAAGAAAACUGGCCUUUAUUGUAUGUUAAACUCCCCAACAACCAAAGGACAAUAAGGUUGAAAUAUAAGUAGUCAACCUCCAAAUAAAAUUCCUGGCUUUGAAUCGACAUACUUACAUGUAGCUGGGUUCAACUAGUCAAGGAUUAGUCUAGAUGAUUAGAUCAGUUCUUUCGUAAAUUCAGAUUUUUUUCUUGGUUGGAAUAAAUUUACUUUAGAGAACAGCCCGGAUUUUCCCUGAUAUUCAAAAUUGAAACCAUGUAAUUGAUUGUUUAUUCAAGCAAUUAAAUGAUUAGGUUAAGUGCUUCUCUCUCAGUUGGUGUCCACUGAUAUUAUCAAAUGAACACAGAUGGUUAGCUGGUCAAGAUUAUUUAAUUUCCAUAUCCUCUGCAUAAAUACACAUAUAUACUUGUCUAAAAAAUAUUCUCAUGGUCAUGGAAUUUUUUUAAUAAAUAAAUGUUUUCAUCAAAUCAUUUGAAUAAUAUAUAUAAAUUUAAUUUUUCUUUAGGAUUUCUACAGCUAAUUUGGAAAGGCUAUAAUAAAUAUUUUAAAGUUAGCAAAUUUGAUGUUUUAAUAUUAUAUUACAUGUAUUAUCAAUCGGGUGACCAAUCCAGACUAUGUUAUUAUAGUUGUUCGUUAUUAAUUCCAUUUUUCAUGUGCAUAUAUUUGAAGCUGGUAUAUUCAGUGAAGGAUAAAUACUUCUUGUUAAAA